AUGAGUAAGUGACGUUAGCUCCCAGUUCGCCAGCAGCAGAGUGAAACAAACAUGGCGACAGAAUGGACCGGGCAGCAAGGCUACGUUCUAACUUUAAUCGUUUUCCUUUGGAGUGCAGUCGGGGGACGCACCGAUACAGCCACGUCGAGUGUCAGCAACAGCGGGACCCAGGUGCUUGGUAUGCGGCUGGAGAGGAGCGACAAACCGGCCACGACCACUGACGACGGGGUCAUACAGGUAACGGAGGAGAGCACAGUACAGCUACGGUUCUACGGUGUGCAGCUCAACUCAGGGCACCUGGGCGCAGAUCCGAUUCACGGAACGAGGGGAUGGGAGCGAGGAGGGGGGGGACAAUAACAUUAUUGACGACACACCUAACAGGACUUGUGUUGACUUCACCAAAGACUUCAGCAUUGCGACCUAUAUGAACAUCAGUAGCCGGGGGACCACGGGGGUACUCAGCGUAAACAUUAAGCCCCUUCGUAAGAGCGAGCCAUACAAGGAAUACGGGUUGUGCAUCAGGAGUUUGGCCAAUGGCAGGUGGGCUCUGCUCGGGGAUAGCGACGGGAGACUCCGGGUGGUAGAGGGGGAGAAAACUCUCCUCCCCCUGUGGUUCCAGAUCAUCCUUAUCUGCUGUCUGUUGGUGCUGUCUGGCAUGUUCAGCGGGCUGAACCUGGGGCUCAUGGCUCUGGACCCCAUGGAGCUCCGUAUAGUCCAGAGUUGUGGCUCAGAGAAGGAAAAGAAAUAUGCCCGCAAAAUUGAGCCCAUCCGCAGUAAGGGGAACUACCUUCUCUGCUCGCUGCUGCUUGGCAACGUCCUGGUCAACACCACACUCACCAUCCUCCUGGAUGACUUAAUAGGCUCUGGGCUGGGCGCCGUGGUCGCCUCCACAGUGGGUAUCGUGAUUUUCGGCGAGAUUGUCCCCCAGGCGCUGUGCUCUCGCCACGGGCUGGCGGUGGGCGCCAACACCAUCCAGGUGACCAAGUUCUUCAUGUUGCUCACCUUCCCCCUCUCCUUCCCUGUCAGCAAGCUCCUAGAUGUGCUCCUAGGCCAGGAGAUCGGCACCGUGUAUAACCGCGAGAAGCUGGUGGAGAUGCUCAGGGUGACAGAACCGUACAACGACCUGGUCAAAGAGGAGCUCAACAUGAUCCAAGGAGCUCUGGAACUCCGGAAUAAGACGGUGGAGAGCGUGAUGACUCCUCUGGCACACUGCUUCAUGAUCCAGAAUGAUUCGGUCCUCGACUUCAACACCAUGUCAGAGAUCAUGGAGAGCGGCUACACGCGUAUACCCGUGUUCGACGACGAGCGCUCCAACAUCGUGGACAUCCUGUACGUGAAGGACCUGGCGUUCGUGGACCCAGACGACUGCACCACGCUGAAGACCAUCACUAAGUUCUACAACCACCCGGUCCACUUUGUGUUCCAUGACACUCGACUGGACUCCAUGCUGGAGGAGUUCAAGAAAGGUGUGUGUAUCUGGAGGAUGGUUGUGUCUGCGUGUAUGUGUGUCUCUGCACGUGUCAUACAUCACCAUGCUUACAUACAUGGUUGAUGUAUUUCAAAUGCAUUAAUCUCGCUACAUAAUCAAUAGGCUACACAUUACACACACACACACUCUUUGACACACACAGCGAUGUGUCUGCCAUAUGGUGUGGACACACCACCCUGGCUGUAUUGACGUGUGUAUCGACGAGUGGAAUAUCUCGACGCAGUUGUCACGGCAGGGAACAAAUGUGAUACACACCACAAUCUAGGGGUCAGCAACUCUGACCCUGGAGAGCUACAUGGACAUGGUGUGCAGGUUUUAGUCCCAGACUUGCACUAAUCACACCUGGUUGAUUAGUUGAAUCAGGUGUGUUCGUGAUGGGCUGGAAUUAAAGCAUGUAUAGGUAACCUAGCUCUACCGUUACCCCUCCCAUAAUUAGUUCUGGGUAAAUCCAUUUGAAUUCAAUCACUUUCUGACCACACCCCUUUUAAUUUAAACAAAACUUUCCAUACAUGUUUACCCAUGGAAGAAGGAGUCAGAAAGUGACUUUUUGGACCUGAAUGCCAAAACAUUCAGGAGAUUGAGGUGCUCAAAGUUGACCAAUUUUUUGCAAACCCCACCAUACCAUGAGAUAUCAAUGUCUUCAUCAUUGGAAAAUAUAAACGGUUGAGUUUGAUAUCAUUUAAAAGCUUACAAACAGGGUUGUCAAGCUAUUUUAUAAUACAAAAUAACCUUUAACGUCAAUUAUCUAAUCUAGUAAACUUUUUAUUUUAUUUUAUUUUUUUCAUAUUCCCAUAUGUUGUAGGUUAGACCCUACUUUACAUCCAUCUGAAGUUUUUAUGUUGUGCCUGCCAUCGGUUGAGACACAACAUGCUCUUGAAUACAGAGUGGGUGUCAUUUCAAUCAUAAAAAUAGAAUUUACCUAUCCAUUUAGACCACUGCAAUUUAGCUGGUACACCAUGUUAACUUCUCAUUAAUGCCACAAAGAAGGCCGCCGGUCCACCAGCCGUCGAAUGUCAACUUAAAUGGUCAUGUCUAUUCUAUUAUCUAUAUUUCUAUUAUUUCAAUAGAAUAGUUUUCCUAUUGAGGAUUGACAGUAUAAUUUAAAACAACAGAUAUUCCCAUUCAAGUCAACAUUCUCUGAUGUGUGGAUCUCCAACCAUCUUUGUGGUACCAUUUGAAAGUCGAAAUUUCUAUUCAAUUCCCAUUUUAGUACAUUUAUCAACCCGAAACAUGACACCCACCCUGUAUUCAAGAGCAUGUUGUGUCUCAACUGAUGGUGGGCACAACACAAAAACUCAGAUGAUGUAGCUAAAAUACGGUCUAAGCUACAACAUAUGCAAAUAUUUAAAAAGUCGGAGUUUACACGUUUUCAGAUAAUUUACGUUUAAGGUAAAAAAAAAUGACCAAUUAUUUUAUUAAAAAACAUCUCUCAACCGUUUAACUUUUCCAGUGAUGAAGACAUGGAUGUCUCUUGGUAUGGUGGGGUAUGAAAAAUUGGUUAACUUUGAGCACCUUUAUCUAUGGAAUGUUUUGGCCUUCUGGUCCAAAAGGUCACUUUCUGAGCACUUCUACAAUGAGCAAAUAUGUAUGGAAGGUUUCGUUCAAAACAAAAGGGGUGCUGUCAAAAAGUGAUUGAAUUCAUUUGGAUUUACCCUUCUGUAUCGUCCAUUCUGUUGUCAUUUAGCUCUUAAGAGUAGAAGGUCCGCACAGGAGAGAGCAUUCAUUGGGCAAGGGCUGCUAUCAUCACUCAGCCUCAGGGCUAUACAGGGGCUAGGAUGUUGUUGAAACACUUAUUUUUUAUUUUUGUCAUUUAGCAGACGCUCUUAUCCAGAGCGACUUACAGGAGCAAUUAGGGUUAAGUGCCUUGCUUAAGGGCACAUCACUUCAAUCAAAAGCUCUGUACACUGAGUGUACAAAACAUUAAGAAAACCUUCCUAAUAUUGAGUUGCACCCUCCCCCCUUUUGCCCUCAGAACAGCCUCAAUUUGUCAGGGCAUGGACUCUACAAGGUGUCGAAAGUGUUCAACAGGGAUGCUGGCCCAUGUUGACUCCAAUGCUUCCCACAGUUGUGUCAAGUUGGCUGGAUAUCCUUUGGGUGGUGGACCAUUCUUGAUACACACGGGAAACUGUUGAGCAUGAAAAACCCAGCAGCGUUGCAGUUGUUGACACAAAUUGGUGCACCUGGCACCUACUACCAUACCCCGUUCAAAGGCACUUAAAUCUUUUGUCUUGCCCAUUCACCCACUGAAUGGCACGCAUACACAAUCCAUGUCUCAAUUGUCUCAAGGCUUUAAAAUCCUUCUUUAACUGGUCUCCUCCCCUUCAUCUACACUGAUUGAAGUGGAUUUACGAAGUGACAUCAAAAAGGGACCAUAGCAUUCACCUGGUUAGUCUAGGUCAAGGAAAGAGCAGGUGUUCUUAAUGUUUUGUAUAGUCAGUGUAUAUUAAUACACUCGUGGGAAUUGGCCUAUAUGGAUUGGGAUAAGUUGAAAUGUUUCUUACAGUGCUGGAGACCUACAGAGUGCAGGCGUUUGUUUCAGCCAAGCAUUAACACAUGAGUAAGGUUGGGGGUAAGGUAUGGGUGAGGGUUAAGGGUGAGUGGUUGAAGUAGGCUAGUUUUUGUUGUUAGACCGCAUGGUGAGAUAGUGGAGGGAUAUUGAUAGUUACAGGCCAGUCCUGAUCCUGACAUCACACAGACAGUCUGAAAUCAAAGAUGGCCGACACUGACCGAGCGUAACAACCACGCGUUCAGGUCGUCGUCACGGCUAUAAUCACCGUGUGACCUCACUCUUCUGACCCAGUGGUGUCUCGACUCUUCUUUUUAUUGGCUGGAAGGUGACUGCAGUAUUUGAGGUCAUUAGUAUUUGAGAUGUCAGCAGUGUUGUCAGUGGAAUGGGCAUUUGUUUUCUUGACUCUGUGAUGUUUGUUUGUUAGAUUGACUUGACAGCCAAUCACUUCCCAAUUUGUGUUCACCUCCCCUUUAAGUGAAGGCUGACAAUACAAUAGGCUAUAUCUGAAUAUUAUACAUUGUGACAAAAAUUGGGAAAUACACAGAACAGGGUGUUCCCAACUCUCUUAACACUUGGAGAGGAGGAAUAGUAAGCUAAGAGUGAGUGGAUUACCCCCUUCUGUCUUUAUUCCCAUCCCCCUUUCUUGUUAUGGACUUAGAGCUUAAAGAGAGGAAAACUGGGGGAACUGCCAGAGGGAGAUGAGCGAGAGAGAGAGAUCAUGUGACUUAUUAUACAGUACACUUAAGUACCCCCAGGGACCAGGCACAGUCUCUCCUCUCAACCUUCAGAAAUUCCCCCCGACAGUACUGACUGACUGACCACAGUACUGACUGACUGACCACAGUCUUGUCAGACUGCCCACAGUUUUCACUGACUGACCACAAUACUGACUGACCGCAGUACUGACUGACUGCUUGAUUGACUGAUCACAGUACUGACAUACUGACUGGCUAACGACAGGACUGACCCCAGUACUGACUGAUCUUGGUCUUGUCACAGUCCCAUUGGUAUACACUAGGUCUGGUUGUGGACUGGGUCUUGUGGGUUUUAGUCUUGACUCUAACUCUGGUGCGUUACUCUUCUAGGUAAAUCCCAUCUGGCCAUCGUUCAGAAGGUGAACAACGAGGGGGAGGGGGAUCCCUUCUACGAGGUGCUGGGAUUGGUCACCUUGGAGGACGUAAUUGAGGAGAUCAUCAAAUCAGAGAUCCUGGAUGAGUCCGACCUUUAUAGUGAGUCAAUCCAGAGUCCAUUUACUUAAACUGUAGUGAACUGUGUGGAGUGUAAUGAGUUAAAUCAGGGAUGGCCAUUAGUAAACCCUACUCUUGGAGAACUACCCUCCUGCAGGAUUUGGUUCCAAUCCUAUUCUAACACAUCUGAUUCUACUAAUCAGCUUCUCCUCAGGACCUUGAUUAGCUGAAUGAAGCGUGUAACUGUAGGGUCGCAUUUGGGCAUGGCAUUUUGGAAAAAUUAACGUAUUUCUUCUAGAUUUGUUUUUAUUUAAAUGAAUUUGGGUACAUAUUCCCAUUCUAAAUCAACUAAUAUGUGUAGGGCUAGAGCAAAAGCCUACCUAUUAGCUUCCCAGGGGAGCGUUGGCCACCCCUGCUAAAUAUGUUAUUUAUUUAUUGAAAAUGUUUGACGAUAGUGAAUUCACUAGUGUCAUGUGCACAUGCUGUAACGGUUUUAACUUGAGGUUAUUGUUUGUUUAGGGGUGCCAGGUAGGUCGGCCUACCAGAUAAAUUGUAUGAUUUCUCCUUGUUGUUUGUGAGGGAAUGAGUCCUGUCUGAUCCGUCAAAUCUAUACCAAUACAAAGGACUCAUAAAAAAGUCAGAAUGGAAAGUAAACUUUUCAUAAACCCUUAAAAACAUUAGAAAUAACUUCAAAACAAUAAUUAUUUUUGCAAUUAUUUUAUUAUUCCCGAUAAAUGAUGCCACAAACAUAAUUGUCUCAAAAUAAUAAUAUCUGAGGUUCCUCAGGCCUAGGGCUGUUACGGUGACCAUAUUACUGCCACAUCGGCGGUCACGAGUCAUGACGGCAGUCAAAUUCCACAUGACCGUUUAGUCACGGUAAUUUGGCUUCUCCAAGCUCUGAUGCUGCUGAUGGUCAUUAGUAGCCUACCAAACUUGCUAACUGCCUGGUACUCAGCACUCUAUUGUCCCUCUAAUCACUCUGACAUCAAUGCAAAUGUGAACGAAAAUCGAAUCAAACACUUCAUGAGCUCAUGUUGCGCAACAUUUCUAAUUGCGUGAGAAAACAGAGUGAUGGCCUCUUAAAAAGAGUAGGAUCCCAUCAGCUUUCUAUAGACUAGGCCUACUAUAUUUAUUUCUCAACUUUCCUAAUAUUAAGCACAUUGCUUAUCUUUACAACAGGAGUAUAGCCUACCUGGCUGGUAUGAAAAUGAACCAUGGGAAAAGUGUCCUCCAUUCGCUAUUUAAGUGCAUAGAUUACAUGUAUUUUUCCCCUGCCCCUGUUUCGAGACAGGUGCAUGAUAAUGGUCCAUACUAAAUCAAAACAAAUUUCACACAUAUAUUAUUUAGUAUAUGUAAAGACAAGAUUAAAUCAAUAAUAGUCUGAUGGGUGACAAUACUAGCCUAUCACUUGUGAAUUAUAUAUUAACACUUGUGAAUAAUGCCCAGCAUAAGAAACAAUGCCUUUUUCUUGCGGCUUUUUCAAAUCAUAGUCGCACACCUCAUGUAGCCUAGCCCAUAGGCCUAUAUGUUUUAAUAAGGUUUGUAUUACAACUGAAGUUGCCAAAUAACUUCUUAAAAUUAAACACAUUAAUCCGCUUUACAAUGGGUUUAGAGCCUAACUGGCAUACAUAAGCAGCGCGUGAGUUUCAAGUUUGGGGAAGAUAAUUUUCACCAUAAAAAUUGACCUUUAUAAUAAAAGCAUUACAUGCAUAAUCUCAUUUGCGGUCACUUUUGAUAAUGGUGUUUUCCCGCUUACAGCCUACUGCCAUGUGUGCAUUGCUGUGCUUAUAAUGUGGAGAAAUAGCCACAUAGUUUAUCACAUUUUAAGCUAAACGUUCUGAUCUGUUGCAUCAGCCUCAUGCUAGUGGUUGUAUUAAUUUGGGAUCUAUCGCAUCCCACAACUGUCCCAGGAAUAUUUAUUUCUUCAGCAUUUGCUGUUCGUUAGGCCUACUCAUCUUGUUGGCUGACAAAAAGUAUAUGUGGACAGUUCUUCCAAUAUCUUCAAUAUGCACCUUGGAAUUGGAUAAGGACGCGUGCAGUUGCGUCCCCGAAGUGUCUGUCUUUUCUUGUAGCCUGUGAGAAAGACCCUAUCAUGUGAUGGAGACCCAGGGAGAAGGGAACAACGGCCACUGGCCGCAAAAGGCAUGGAUUCUUUUAGGGUGCAUUACGGCCACUCAAAGGGGAUGCCGCCGGGAUAUUCGAGGCAUUAUCAAGUGCUUGUAAAAUUGUGAAUGAGAGACUGAUGAACUGUGUACAGCCUGAGUAAGUGACAGAGCUCAUGCAUUUCAAGCAACUUUUUUCAAAUCAUCAUUAGAGUGGGAUCAUGCAGCCUUACAAUGUAUUAAAAAUCAAAACAUAUAGCCCAACGUUUGUAGAACAUUAACUCUAAAUUAAGCAUGUAGGAGUACCUAUUUCUUUGUUAACUGCUCAACACAGAACUCCCUCAAAUCGUUUGGAAAAAAUAUCCUUUCUAUUUUAUUCAGCUUUGUUCAAUUGUAUUCUUCAUACUAUAAAAUAAUUCCACAGAAUUCUAAGCAGAUCUUGUCUUCUAAAUGAACUAGUGUAGCCCACAGCCAUAUGGCAUAACCAGAUCAGGACCUAACAUAAGGACAACUCAGAGUAUGCUAUUCUGUUCUUCUGAAAUAGACUAAAUUUUCUUCGUUUCUUUAGACCUGUCUAAAAUAAAUAAUGGAUUUAUUGUGAAGGUGUAGGCUAUAUUACACAGAUUUAUUAUACUUUUUUAAAUGUAGAUGUUCCAAAGGUCUGCAUCAGUGGCUUGUAGGCUGUGUGUGGAAGCCAGGAGAUGCUAAAUGUGUUUAUGUUGAUUUACGGUCAAUUACCGUGAGACCGACAGUUAUUUGCUUGACAAUCACCGGUUGAUUAAAUUUCGUGACCGCCACAACCCUACUCAGGCCUAAAAAGUCCAGCCCGGUAAAUCAGCAGAUUGAACCCAAAUGACCUUAGUCAACAACUGUCUGUUCACAAAGUGUAGCGUAAACCCAGUCUCAACCACCCUGUAGCACUCACGUCGGUAGCCAUGAAAUGCUUUGAAAGGCUGGUCAUGGCUCACAUCAACACCAUCAUCCCGGAAACCCUAGACCCACUCCAAUUUGCAUGCCGCCCUAACAGAUCCACAGAUGACGCAAUCUCAAUUGCACUCCACACUGCCCUUUCCCACCUGGACAAAAGGAACACCUAUGUGAGAAUGCUGUUCAUUGACUACAGCUCAGCGUUCAACGCCAUCAUGCCAACAAAGCUCAUCACUAAGCUAAGGACCCUGGGACUAAACACCUCCCUCUGCAACUGGAUCCUGGACUUCCUGAUGGGCAGCCCCCAGGUGGUAAGGGUAGGCAACAACACAUCUGCCACACUGAUCCUCAACACUGGGACCCCUCAGGGGUGCGUGCUUAGUCCCCUCCUGUACUCCCUGUUCACCCACGACUGCGUGGCAAACCACGACUCCAACACCAUCAUUAAGUUUGCUGACGACACAACAGAUCACCAACAACGAUGAGACAGCCUAUAGGGAUGAGGUCAGAGACCUGGCAGUGUGGUGCCAGGACAACAACCUCUCCCUCAAUGUGAGCAAACAAAGGAGCCGCACCAUUGAGAGCAUCCUGACCGGUUGCAUCACCGCCUGGUAUGGCAACUGCUCGACAUCCGACCGUAAGGCGCUACAGAGGGUAGUGUGCACGGCCCAGUACAUCACAGGGGCCAAGCUUCCUGCCAUCCAGGACCUAUAUACUAGGCGGUGUCAGAGGAAGACCCAAAAAAUUGUCAAAGACUCCAGUCACCCAAGUCAUAGACUGUUCUCUCUGCUACCGCACGGCAAGCGGUACCGGAGCGCCAAGUCUAGGUCCAAAAGGCUCCUUAACAGCUUCUACCCCAAGCCAUAAGACUGCUGAACAAUUAAUCAAAUGGCCACCUGGACUAUUUACAUUUACCCCCUCUUUGUUUUUACACUGCUGUUAUUCGCUGUUGAUUAUCUAUGCAUAGUCACUUUACCCCAACCUACCUGAAGACAUAAACCAACACGGUGUAAAUCACAAUAAAACAAAUGAAAUAACGGUUGGAAAAAGUUGUAAUCACUCAAUCGAAUCCGCCAAGAACAGAAAGGCCACGGAGAACAGUGGAGACCAACGGAGAUGGGUAGUCCAACAAUAGACAUUAGUUGAUCCGAUCCAUGUUGUUACACACUUUCACGCUUCUGAACUGAGGGUUGAACACUACCUCAUUCCCACCACUGUCAACCGCCUUUUGUGCAGCUGAUGCUGGCUUUUUAAUAUGGAAUUAAAAGGGAAGCGCCCCAUCGGGAGAUGAAGCACUGAGACGGUUCACUAAACAUGUUAGUUGCUGUUUUCUCUCUCCAGCUGACAAUAGGAACAGAAAGAAGGUGGACCCUAACAAGAGAACACGUGACUUCUCUGCCUUUAAACACACGGAGAACGAGUGCAAGGUGAAGAUCUCUCCCCAGCUGAUGCUGGCUGCUCAUCGCUUCCUGGCUACAGGUGAGUGGGCUAUAAUAAAGCACGUAUGAGCCUUUAUAAUGUCUUAUAAUCAUGUUUAUAAUAAAUGGUCUCUCUAAAUCAAGGAAAGUAUCUAUUUGUAUCAACCAAACGGCCGGUAUUUAGGCUGGAUGAUUGAGAUUAGACAUAAUUCUCAUAACAAGUCUUAUGAUGCAUUAUAACCGCAUCCUAAUGCAAAAUACAGCCUUUAAGUGUUACCGAUCUGUCUGAAUUGAAGGCGCUAUCUGUAAGUCUGAUUUCCGGGUGUGUCUCUCUCCCCAUUCAACCCUUACCCCUUCUCUCCUUUCCUACAGAGGUGAGUCUGUUCAGUCCCUGUCAGGUCACUGAGAAGGUGUUACUGAGGAUCCUGCGCCACCCUGAUGUCAUCCAGGAGAUCAAAUUCAAUGACAGUGACAAGCGCUCCGCUCUGCACUACAUCUACCAGAGAGGCAAACCUGUCGACUACUUCAUACUCAUACUGCAGGUACGCAGUGCAUGCUCUCACUCUCUCACACAAACUCACACACUCACACACUUACACCUCUACAUCUAGCAGAGAGGCAAACGUAUAUCAACUCCUUCAUACUCCUACUGCAGGUACACUCACACGCGUGCAAAAACACACACGCACUUCAACUCCAAUACCACAUUGUGGCAUCUAUCCUUAUCUUACAGGUAGACUGCUCACUUACAACUUGAAACAUGCACACGCAAUCUGUCCGAAAUCUGACUUGCCUACUACUUAAUAAAACGGUGUACUAAUUGUACUACAUACUAUUUAGAACGUACUGUUUAGUAAAAUCGAAUGCAGUAAGUGACAAAUAUCAACAUACUACUCAUCCAUACUGAGAAUGCGUCAUCUAAUGCGUAAUUGCGUUGAUUCCUGCCAUUUGUUCAUUCUGGUAAAGCUUGUCACCAUAUCUGAUUAUCAGCUGUUGUCAAACACACGUGGGUCUCGAAAGAUUAUUCUCUUCCUCGAUAGUGUGCAGCAAAUUCUACUAGAUGAAAAGCCGAAAUGAGUAUGACAUCCUUGCAUUUAAAGCAUAAAACAUUUUUGAAAUUUCACAUACAGUAAAAUGUUCUAUUUUCGCAUACCCAAAAUCUCUACUAUUUAGAACGCAGGUACCGGUAUUCGGACACGGCCACAGACUUCUUGACUGUGAAUUAGAGUCUACUGUGUGGUUCCUGUGGUGUAACUCAGCCUACUGGCUCUAGCUGAUUAAGUGUACAGCACACGUGUACAAUGUACAGAGCCCGGUAAAAGUCUACACACCCCUUGUACAGUGUUCAGAUUUUUAGAAAAUGAUGAAUUAUGAGUUCUUUCCCCCUACAGAUCUACUCCACACAUUCAAAGUGCAAGAAAGUUAGAGAAAUGAAUGAAAUAACACCCCAGAGUUAAUAUUUGGUAGAAGCGCCUUCGGCUGCCACACAACUCUCAGGGCAACCUAUGUCCAUUGGUUUUGACAAAAUUGCCCAAGCUCAGUAAAUUUGGUUGGGAAUAAUUUAUGGACAGCAAUGUUUAAACCUUGUCUGUUUUUUUUCAAGCAGAUUGAAGUGCUUACGGGUGUGUAUGUACUCUUGUGUGUAUGCGCUUGUGUGUCAAGUGACCUUGUGUGACACUUAGCUGGGGGGCAGACCUGCCCUUCACUAAUUGAUCGCUUUUAUGUAAGGAGAAACCGAAAGGGAGGAGGGGGAGGGAGGGAGGGAGGGGGGGGGGAGGGAGGGAGGGAGGGAGGGAGAGGAGAAGACAUGAGAAGAGUCAAGUGGAAAAAGAAGGAAGGAGAAGAGACGAUUAGAGAGAGAGAGAAUAUUCUCAUAAGAAUCACAUCCCUGUUUAAGUCAGCACUGUGCUGCAUCAGGCACACACACAUUAGUCUAAUCUGACUGCAGACCGUCAAAGCCUUCAGUGUUUAGACUAGUAUGUUUACCUAACCCACACACACAGACACACUGCCCCACAGAGCACAUCAUUAAAUCAUAGCCUGGAGUUCCGCUCCCUUAAUGUCGGUCGGGCCAAGGUUACCCCUCCCCCUCACACACACACCCUACCCCGUGCUGAUUCGCUGGGGGGAUUACCCAGAUCACCCUGGGGAAGAGAUGGGGGCGAUGAGUCUUAAACGGCCCUGGGUUAUUAGUCAUUUCAGCAUGACUGUCAGUGUGUGUAAUUGUGCAAGGUUUUAAUCUCUUCUGAGAAAGGGCAAAGCACUACAAGUGUACAUACCAUAGCCUACCACAGUACACACAGACAAUACAUCAACACAACACAUAGACCAGGGGUACUCAAGUACUAUUUAUUGUUUACGUAGCCCCCCCCCGCUGACACCCAAAUAGCUGCCGACGUGAUUCAUGAUCUUGUAUCCCAGGCUGAGACCGAGUCACCUGAAGCAGAAACGCUAAUCAUGGGAAACUUUAACAUGUGCAGUCUAUCUGAACAUUUACCAUCAUAUCAGCAAAAUGUUACAUGUCCUACCCAAAAUGAAGCCUGUCUGGACCUCUGUUAUGGUAACAUCCCAGGUGCGCAUUUUCCCAAGGCGCUACCCAAUCUUAGGGGUUCGGAUCAUAACAUGGUUCAGCUCAUCCCAGUCUACAAACCUCGUUUGCAGUGAGAGAAGGCUAAAAAGGUGGAGAUUGAAAGCUGGACUCCUGAAGCUAGUGAAGUCCUCCAGGACUGUUUUGAGUCCACUGACUGGGCGGCCCUGACGGACAGCGCCAAUGACCUGGAAGAGGCAGUGGAUACUGUCUCAGAGUACAUCCGUUUCUGUGAGGAUCUCGUUAUUCCCAAAAAGAAAGUCAACAUCUUCCCCAUUAAUAAACCGUGGGUAACUCGGGAAUUAAGAGCUCCUCAACCAGAAACAACGAGUGUUUUAAAUCAGGUGGCAGUAAAGAGGAAAGGAAAAAGAAUCAGAGGUGACUCAAAAGCAAAGUCAACGAGUGCAAGGCAGCAUACAAAGACAAAUUAGAAAACCUUUUCAUGGACAAGGACAGCAGGAAAGCCUGGCAAGGGCUACAAACCAUCACAGGCUACAAACCAAUGAGACAUUGUAUGACCGUCGAAAAUUUGAAAAGUUUCUAUUAUAGGUUUGACGUGUGAUUUUACUUCGCAGCAGAAAGUGGCCUUGGACUGUACAGACAGCAUACCAGCUGUUGAUAUACAGAUCUCUCUGAAUGACGUCAAGCAAUACUUUCAAUGUGUCAACCCACGAAAAUCAUAUGGUCCAGGCGGCAUCAGCAGCAAGGCACUUCAGGCAUGUGCAGACCAGCUCGCAUUACCGUUCCAGAAGCUGUCCCAGCUGUCACUGAACUGUGGGAGAAUUCCAGACUUAUGGAAGAAGUCUGCUGAUUGUCCCAGUACCUAAAAACAACAGGCCAAAAGAAAAGAACAAAAAGAUCUGUACCUAUGAAAUGUUUGGAAAAACAAAUUCAAAAACAAAUUCUCUCUGGUCUCCCAUCCCAAUUAGAUCCAAACCAAUUCGCCUACCGUGCCUCCAGGGGUGUUGAUGAUGCGUUACUGGUCAUGCUGAACAAUAUCUACAAACGUUUAGAAAAGGCAAAUAGCCUAGUGAAAAUUGUGUUCAUUGACUUCAGUGACGCGUUUAAAACCAUCCAAACCCACCUACUGGUGGACAAGCUGGUGAAUUUGGGUGUCAACUCUCUACUGAUCGAGUGGAUUAAUAGUUUCCUUGUGAACCGUACUCAACAAGUGAAGUUGAACACUGUCAUCUCUAAAUCUGGAACGGUGAAUACGGGAUCCCGUCAAGGUUGCAUACUUUCACUGAUACUGUACACACUGUACACAAACGAUUGUCAAGCCUUCGAUUCAGCCCACAAUUUCUUUAAAUAUGCAGAUGACAUCACUGUUGUGGGUUUUCCUCACCCAGACCAAGCCUCUCUUCAAGGUUUCACAGAGAAACGACAAAAUUCGUCCUGUGGUGCGCAGAUAACUUGAAAUACAUUUUAAGAAAACAAAAGAGAUGGAAAUUGAUUUCGGAAGGAGCAAAACUCCCCUACCCCCUACGAAGAUCAAUGGGGAAUCAGUCGAUUGAGUGACCACAUAUAAAUACCUGGUAAUCGAAAUAGACAAUAAACUGAAAUUCAAUGACUGCCUUUGCAAAGAUAAAGACAUUGCAACAGAGAAUGUUUUCUUUACAAAAACUGAACCAUUUUAAUGUCCACCACCAUAUCUUAAAAAUGUUCUAUAAAUCUGUCCUGCAGAGUGUGCUGUCCUUUGGUCUGAUAUGCGUGUUUGGAAACAUGUGAGUGCAAGACCAAAUCAAGCUUCAGCGCUUGAUUAAGACGGCGGCAAGGAUAAUUGGUAUAGAUCAAGAAUCAGCCAUCAGUACACAAACCUCCUAAAACUUGAAAGCAUUUUACAGGAAAGAUCCCCUUCACAUCGGCAGCCGGACAAGGGGAAAGAGACUUCUUAAAAAUACAAUUACAACAGAUAGAUAUGGGGACUCUUUUAUUCCAACAGCCAUUAGGUUGUAUAAUAGAUAGUCUGUUGGUCCCUCGAGUGUAUAGCAUAUUACACUUUCACUUUAAAUGUGUAGCUUUGGCACUUUUAAUGAAUUCUGUUGUGUGGUUUCUGUGGUUUUCAUGUUUAUGUACCGUCUUUUUAAGCACAUGGGAUAAUAAAGUUGACCUGAAUCUGAAGUAUUUGAGAAGGUCCUGUCACACACAUUUCCUAGGUGGCAAAGGUCCGGAUGGAUAAUGUAAUUUAUCGGCGUAGUAACAAACCUCCACCUCGCAACCCAUGCGACCUCAAACUGUUCACACCUCUCUUGUUGGCAGAGAGAACAUUUUGUAGUUUUAAAGCUAAUUUCCUGCAAUUCUUCACAUUUUGCAUGCAGCAGAGAUAUUUUUUUUAUACAAAGUAUUUGAUCCCCUGCUUAUUUUGUAAGUUUGCCCACUGACAAAGACAUGAUCAGUCUAUACAUUUAAUGGUAGGUUUAUUUGAACAGUGAGAGACAGAAUAACAACAACAAAAAUCCAGAAAAAUGCAUGUCAAAAAUGUUAUGAAUUGAUUUGCAUUUUAAAGAGGGAAAUUAGUAUUUGACCCCUCUGCAAAACAUGACUUAGUACUUGGUGCAAAACCCUUGUUGGCAAUCACAGAGGUCAGACAUUUCUUGUAGUUGUCCACCAGGUUUGCACACAUCUCAGGAGGGAUUUUGUCCCACUCCUCUUUGCAGAUCUUCUCCAAGUCAUUAAGGUUUCGAGGCUGACGUUUGGCAACUCGAACCUUCAGCUCCCUCCACAGAUUUUCUAUGGGAUUAAGGUCUGGAGACUGGCUAGGCCACUCCAGGACCUUAAUGUGCUUCUUCUUGAGCCACUCCUUUGUUGCCUUGGCCGUGUGUUUUGGGUUAUUGUCAUGCUGGAAUACCCAUCCACGACCCAUUUUCAAUGCCCUGGCUGAGGGAAGGAGGUUCUCAACCUAGAUUUGACGGUACAUGGCCCCGUCCUUCGUCCCUUUGAUGCGGUGAAGUUGUCCUGUCCCCUUAGCAGAAAAACACCCCCAAAGCAUAAUGUUUCCACCUCCAUGUUUGACGGUGGGGAUGGUGUUCUUGGGGUCAUAGGCAGCAUUCCUCCUCCUCUAAACACAGCGAGUUGAGUUGAUGCCAAAGAGCUCGAUUCUGGUCUCAUCUGACCACAACACUCUCACCCAGUUCUCCUCUGAAUCAUUCAGAUGUUCAUUGGCAAACUUCAGACGGGCCUGUAUAUGUGCUUUCUUGAGCAGGGGGACCUUGCGGGCACUGCAGGAUUUCAGUCUUUCACGGCGUAGUGUGUUACCAAUUUUUUCUUGGUGAUUAUGGUCCCAGCUGCCUUGAGAUCAUUGACAAGAUCCUCCCGUGUAGUUCUGGGCUGAUUCCUCACCGUUCUCAUGAUCAUUGCAACUUCACGAGGUGAGAUCAUGCAUGGAGCCCCAGGCCGAGGGAGAUUGACAGUUAUUUUGUGUUUCUUCCAUUUGCAAAUAAUCGCACCAACUGUUGUCACCUUCCCACCAAGCUGCUUGGCGAUGGUCUUGUAGCCCAUUCCAGCUGUGUGUAGGUCUACAAUCUUGUCCCUGACAUCCUUGGAGAGCUCUUUGGUCUUGGCCAUGGUGGAGAGUUUGGAAUCUGAUUGUUUGAUUGCUUCUGUGGACAGGUGUCUUUUAUACAGGUAACAAGCAGAGAUUAGGAGCACUCCCUUUUAAGAGUGUGCUCCUAAUCUCAGCUCGUUACCUGUAUAAAAGACACCUGUCCACAGAAGCAAUCAAACAAUCAUGUAAAUCAAUUCAUAACAUUUUUGACAUGCGUUUUUCUGGAUUUGUUUGUUGUUAUUCUGUCUCUCACUGUUCAAAUAAACCUACCAUUAAAAUUAUAAACUGAUCAUGUCUUUGUCAGUGGGCAAACGUACAAAAUCAGCAGGGGAUCAAAUACUUUUUUCCCUCACUGUAUAUGAUACCAUGAGUCGAAGCCCGACCGUGUAAAAAAAACGGAUUAUUUUCUGUGCCUUUGUUGUUGACCCCCAAGCUGACACAGUGCAGAUACAGGUACAGCAACAUGAGCACAGUUACUUUGGUUUCACCAUUCAGGAUGGUGUGCGUGCGCGGUUGUGUGUGUGUCAUCUGUUGGGGGUCAUUGGGAUGUGUUUUGCCAGGGCACAUUGGCAUUAGACUGUGUGUGUGUGUGUGUGUGUGUGUGUGUGUGUGUGUGUGUGUGUGUGUGUGUGUGUGUGUGACACUGGAACCUCAGCAUGCACACCUGCACUGUGAUAUAAUAUUGAUGAGACUGCCAGGGUUUUCUUUUACCUUGGUAGGAGGACUCAGUCAUAGAAUCAUAGCAGAUAGAUCAGACAUCACUCUAGCAGUAGAAAUAGAAUCAUAAUAAUAAAUAAUUAUCAUGUUAUAAUAAUCCUGGUCAGAAAUCCUGUCUUCAGAUUUUCAGGCUUAACUUGACGACUGCAUAAAUCAUGUAUUGAUGUCAAUGGAGUUAGGAUUCGGCCCUUUGUGGAUAGAUCAAUGCUAACACAGCAUACUUUAAAAAGUUGAAUGUAGAAACAUAGUAGAAACGCUGCAUCUUGUAUGUUCACUUUGUCCAACUGAGAUCUGUGUGUGUGUGUGUUAAUGUAUAUGAAAUAAAGGUAGAGACCUGCACACUGAUGAAUGCUCUCGCAGUUUUAUUGUGCAAACUACUCAUCAGUGUGCGGGUAUCUAUCUUUAUUUCAUUGGUUUACUUUUUCUUCCCAGCACCUGCAAGUCACUGGUCACUGCUUUGAUGCUCUUCCUGUGUGCUCCUCAGGGGCGAGUGGAGGUGGAGGCUGGAAACGAGAACAUGAAGUUUGAGACAGGACCCUUCUCCUACUACGGCGUCAUGGCUCUUAGCUCUCCGUCACUGGGUGAGCACACACACACGUAAUGUAUAUAUGAUUAGACCACAGACACAAGCAAUGCACAUAAACAUUGGCACAGAGAUACACACAGCCUCUCUCUCUCUCCCCCUUUUCUCUCUUUCUCCCCCCUUCUCUCUCAUACACACUUGCAGAAACACAAACAAUGUGAUAACUCUCUGCGCGCUUGCCUCUCUUUCUGUCUAAACUUGUUUCAGUCAGACAGUGUUUCUAGUCUUUAGCAUUUCGAGCCUUACAUUUUCCCAGUAUGGUUCAGUUUUAUUCCUAAAACACCAGCUUCAUUGACCAACAUCCAGAAAUGCUCAACUCAAACACACACACACACACACACACCAGAGGGGAUAGGGUAACUGCUCCUACUAGCACUGUGCACAGCUCACAAUGAGGUGUGUGUGUUGGCAAAGCUCACACGUAGGUGAGUGUGUGUGUGUGUGUGUGUGUGUGUGUGUGUGUAAUCACUUAGGUUUUAGGAGAUCCAACAGACAGAAAUGUGAUCCACAGCUGAUGUAGUAAACAGGUAAGAAACGCACACCAGUGUUACCUAGGGCUGUUGCGGUGACCGUAUUACCGCCACACCGGCGGUCACGAGUCAUGAAGGCAGUCAAAUUCCACGUGACCGUUUAGUCAUGGUAACUAGGCUUCUCCAAGCUCUGAUGCUGCUGAUGGUCAUUAGUAGCCUACCAAACUUGCUAACUGCCUGGUACUCAGCAAUCUAUUGUCCCUCUAAUCACUCUGACAUCAAUGCAAACGUAAUCGAAAAUCUUAUCAAACACUUCAUGAGAGCCCAUGAGAUCAUGUUGCGCAACAUUUCUAUAGGCUAUGCAAUUGCGUGAGAAAACAGAGUGAUGGCCUCUUAAAAAGAGUAGGAUCCCAUCAGCUUUCUAUAGACUAGGCCUACUAUAUUUAUUUCUCAACUUUCCUAAUAUUAAGCACAUUGCUUAUCUUUAAAACAGGAGUAUAGCUUACCUGGCUGGCAUGAAAAUGAACCAAGGGAAAAGCAUCCUCCAUUCGCAAUUUUAAGUGCAUAGAUGACAUGUAUUUUUUCCCCUGCCCUUGUUUCAAGACAGGUGCAUGAUUAUGGUCCAUACUAAAUCAAAACAAAUUUCACACAUAUAUUAUUUAGUGGCUUGCGGAAGUAUUCACCCCCCUUGGCAUUUUUCCAAUUUUGUUGCCUUACAACCUGGAAUUAAAAUUGAUUUUUGGGAGGUUUGUAUCAUUUGAUUUACACAACAUGCCUACCACUUUGAAGAUGCAAAAUAUUUUUUAUUGUGAAACAAACAAGAAAUAAGACAAAAAAACAGAACUUGAGCAUGCAUAACUAUUCACCCCCCCAAAGUCAAUACUUUGUAGAGCCACCUUUUGCAGCAAUUACUGCUGCAUGUCUCUUGGGGUAUGUCUCUAUAAGCUUGGCACAUCUAGCCACUGGGAUUUUUGCCCAUUCUUCAAGGCAAAACUGCUCCAGCUCCUUCCAAGUUGGAUGGGUUCCGCUGGUGUACAGCAAUCUUUAAGUCAUACCACAGUUUCUCAAUUGGAUUGAGAUCUGGGCUUUGACUAGGCCAUUCCAAGACAUUUAAAUGUUUCCCCUUAAGCCACUCGAGUGUUGCUUUAGCAGUAUGCUUAGGGUCAUUGUCCUGCUGGAAGGUGAACCUCUGUCCCAGUCUCAAAUCUCUGGAAGACUGAAACAGGUUUCCCUCAAGAAUUUCCCUCUAUUUAGCACCAUCCAUCAUUCCUUCAAUUUUGACCAGUUUCCCAGUCCCCGCCGAUGAAAAACAUCACCACAGCAUGAUGCUGCCACCACCAUGCUUCACUGUGGGGAUGGUGUUCUCUGGGUCAUGAGAGGUGUUGGGUUUGCGCCAGACAGCGUUUUCCUUUAUGGCCAAAAAGCUCAAUUUUAGUCUCAUCUGCCCGGAGUACCUUCUUCGAUAUGUUUGGGGAGUCUCACACAUGCCUUUUGGCGAGCACCAAACGUGUUUGCUUAUUUUUUUCUUAAAGCAAUGGCUUUUUUCUGGCCACUCUUCCGUAAAGCCCAGCUCUGUGGAGUGUACGGCUUAAAGUGGUCCUAUGGACAGAUACUCCAAUCUCCGCUGUGGAGCUUUGCAGCUCCUUCAGGGUUAUCUUUGGUCUCUUUGUUGCCUCUCUGAUUAAUGCCCUCCUUGCCUGGUCCGUGAGUUUUGGUGGGCGGCCCUCUCUUGGCAGGUUUGUUGUGGUGCCAUAUUAUUACCAUUUGUUAAUAAUGGAUUUAAUGGUGCUCCGUGGGAUGUUCAAAGUUUCAGAUAUUUUUUUAUAACCCAACCCUGAUCUGUACUUCUCCACAACUUUGUCCCUGACCUGUUUGGAGAGCUCCUUGGUCUUCAUGGUGCCGCUUGCUUGGUGGUGCCCCUUGCUUAGUGGUGUUGCAGACUCUGGGGACUUUCAGAACAGGUGUAUAUAUACUGAGAUCAUGUGACAGAUCAUGUGACACUUAAAUUGCACACAGGUGGACUUUAUUUAACUAAUUAUGUGACUUCUGAAGGUAAUUGGUUACACCAGAUCUUAUUUAGGGGCUUCAUAGCAAAGGGGGUGAAUACAUAUGCAUGCACCACUUUUCCGUUAUUUAUUUUUUUGCAUUUUUUUGAAACAAGUUAUUUUUUUCACUUCACCAAUUUGGACUAUUUUGUGUAUGUCCAUAACAUGAAAUAAAAAUAAAAAUCCAUUUAAAUUACAGGUUGUAAUGCAACAAAAUAGGAAAAACGCCAAGGGGGAUGAAUACUUUUGCAAGGCACUGUAUGUAAAGACAAGAUUAAAUCAAGAAUAGUCUGAUGGGUGACAAUGUUAGCCUAUCACUUGUGAAUUAUAUAUUAUCACUUGUGAAUGAUGCCAAGUGUAAGGCAAGAAACAAUGCCUUUUUUUGUGACUUUUUCGAAUCACACCUCAUGUAGCUUAGCUCAUAGGCCUAUAUGUUUUUGAUAAGGUUUGUAUCACAACUAAAGUGGCCAAAUAACUUCUUAAAUUAAGCACAUUAAUCCACUUUACAAGGGGUGUAGAGCCUAACUGGUGUACAUAAGCAGCGCGUGAGUUUCAAGUUUGGGGAAGAUCAUUUUCACCAUUAAAAUGCACCUUUUAUAAUAAAAGCGAAACAUGCAUAAUCGCAUUUGCGGUCACUUUUGAUAAUGGUGUUUUCCCGCUAAUGUAACAUUCGCGCUUAUAGCCUACUGCCGUGUGCACGUAUCUGCGCUUAUAAUGUGAAGAAAUAGCCUAAUAGUUUAUCAACAUUUUAAGCUAAACAUUCUGAUCUGUUGCGUCAGCCUCAUUGCUUAAAACAGUUUUUUUUGACACUAGUGGUUGUAAUAAUUUGGGAUCUAUCGCAUCCCACAACUGUCCAGGCUAUGUUUGGAAUAUUUAUUUCUCGCACAGAAUAGGUCAACUUUUGUACUAUGGGGGAUAGUAGAUUGACAUAGGCUAGUGCUUUUGCUGUUAGUAAUGCCUACUCAUCUUGUUGGCUGACGAAUAGUAAAUGUGGACAUUUCUUCCAACAUCUUCAAUAUGCGCCUCGGAAUUGGAUAAGGACACGCGCAGUUGCGUCCCCGAUGUGUCUGUCUUCACUUGUAGCCUGUGAGAAAGACCCGAUCACGUGAUGGAGAGCCAUGUGAGUGAGAGGUGCUUCAGAGUACGCAGCACUCAGGACCAAGGACACAACGGCCACUGGCCACAAAAGGCAUGUAUUUUAUUAUGGUCCAUUGCGGCCACACAAAGGGGAUGUUCUUGUGAAUGAGAGACUGAUGAAGUGUGUACAGCCUGCGCAAAAAACUAAGCAAAGCUCAUGCCUUUCAAGCGACUUUUUUCAAAUCAUCAUUAGUCGCAUCAUGUAGACUUACAAUGUAUUAAAAUUCAAAACAUACAGCCCAACAUUUGUAGAACAACUAAAGUUACAUUAAUAACUCUAAAUUAAGCAUAUAGGAGUACCUAUUUCUUUGUUAACCUCUCAACACAGAAUAGCCGCGUGUGCGCACUCCCUCAAAUUGUUAGUAGAAAAUAUCCUUUCUGUUUUAUUCAGCUUUGUUCAAUUGUAUUCUUCAUACUAUAAAAUAAUGCCACGGAAUUCUAAGCAAAUCUUGUCUGCUAAAUGAACUAGUGUAGCCCACAGCCACAUGGCAUAGCCAGAUCAGGGCCUAACAUAAGGAUAACUCAGAGUAUGCUAUUCUGUUCUUCUGAAAUAGAAUAAAUUUUCUUCAUAUCAUGUUUCUUUAGACCUGUCUAAAAUAAAUCAUGGAUUUAUUGUGAAGGUGUAGGCUUUAUUACAUGGAUUUAUGUAGAUGUUCCAAAGGUCUGCAUCAGUGGCUUGUAGGCAUGUGUGGAAGCCAGGAGAUGCUAAAUGUGUUUGUUAAUUUACAGUCAGUUACCGUGAGACCGACAGUUAUUUGCUUGACAUUCACCGGCUGACGAAAUUCCGUGACCGCCACAGCCCUAGUGUCACCUAUAAAGGAGAAUGUGUGUGUGUGUGUGUGUGUGUGUGUCUGUGUCUGUGCCAGUGCCAAUGACGGGGGUGUGUGCAUAUCUGAAAGAGCUUAGUUGGCAGGAGGGUGAUGAUGCCACAGUGCUGGAACUGUGAUGCCAACCAUGGGUAGUGUCGGAUCCUAAUGGGUGUCACACACACAUUCUGAUACAGAGAGCAGUGUUUAGUCCCAGGUCAGGACACUUUAGCUCUAGGAGUUUAGAUAGGAGAGAAAUGGAUUGCUGAGGCCAGAUGCUUUAGAAACACUGAUGACACCUAGUGGCCAGAUACCAGUAUGACCAGCAGCCAUAGCUGCUCUGAAAGAUAUUGCAGUAUAAUCAAUGCAGAGAUGCUGUAAGUCAUAGAAAUGGAUGGAGAUAUGCUGUCAGUAGUGUAAUACUCCUGUAGAUGGUGCUACACAUGCAGGCAUUAGCAGAGUAGGUUCUGGUUGUCAAAAGCCUUUAAAUGUUAAAUCCUGAGAUUACAGUUACAUGACAACUGGUUCUCUUCUCUUUUCUCUCUCUCUCUCUCUCUCUCUCUCUCUCUCCACCUCCAACUCUCUCUUUCUCUCCAUCUCUCUCUCUGUGAUAGUCUUCUCUGUGCUUUGUGUGCGCAGCAUCAAUGUAAUGUGUGUGCGCAUGCGCUAUAUGACGUGUACUGUACUACUGCCUACAUGUGUCAAACUGUGUCCAACUCAUGUCAGCGUCUGAUGUCACUCAGCUACGCCCCUCCCAUUGGUCAAUCUGCCUCUUCCAAUCUGACAGCAGGCCUUCGUUGACCUGUGAAAAUGACGAGUCACCCGGGGCAAAUCUGAAAUUGCAUUCUAUCCCCUAUGUAGUGCACUACUUUAUGCCAUAGCCAUAUGUGGCUAAUCCUGGCCAAAAGUAGUGCACUAUAAUAGGGAAUAGAGUGCCAUUUUGGACGCAGCCUCAGUGUAUGGUUCAUUAAAUGAUGUAUUCAGGUGAUAAUGUCAAAGUGCUCUUUGAAGGAGAAAGGUGUGUCUUCAGGUCACAGGGCACCCUACAGUGCUGUUCGAUGAUUAAACGAGAGUGUCUCUCUCUCUCUCUCUCUCCCCUUCUCCCACCCCUCGCUCAGCCGUCACUCCCCCUCUCUCCCCCUCAGUGGCGUCCCCCCACUCCACGACGUCUCUCUUUAAAGAGAUUCUCUCUGUUCUCUCGCUUCCCAGGUAAAGAACCAACCACCCUGAGGGAAGGGUAACAUGAGGGAGGGAGGGGGUUUUCUGCCAUGAUCACCGUUUUAAUUUCCCUGCCAUCCUCUUCUUUAGAGCCCUGCUCCAGCAAGUACAACCUGAUAGACAGACAGCCUAGAGAUCCACUAGAAUAUCAAUACUUUACAGUUAUACCAAGUGUUUGACUUACCUGGUUUUCUUAGAAGUAGAAUAAAAUACGAAAACAUUUUGCUCUUAACUCCCAAGAUCUUAUCCUUCUCUCAUUCUGUGUUUGUUUUAUUCCCUCUGGAAACCAAGGGGUGCAAAGCCUUAGUAAUCUAUUCAGGUCCUACUGUGAGUCGGCUAUCGAGCUCUGGAGGAGAGUGUUAGUUAUAGCAGGGUUUCCCAAACUCGGUCCUGAGGCCCCCCCUGGAUGCACGUUUUGGUUUUUGCCCUAGCACUACACAGCUGAUUCAAAUAACCAACUCAUCAUCAAGCUUUGAUGAUUUGAAUCAGCUUGGGAAACCCUGUUCUAACUAACGCUCUCCUCCAGUGCUCGAUAGCCGAAUCACAGUAACCCGGUUAAACCAGACUGAAUACUGCGCUCAUUAUUGUUUCAGUUAACGUUACAGGACUGUAAUGGUUAAACGUUGAAUGCCGCACGAGAUGACAGUCAGCUGCGCUAAUGCUAGCUAAUAACGUAAUGUUAGCAUAAUAUUUGCGUAAAUACUAUUUAAUUUACGCUCCACUAUACCCUCUGGUGGAGUAGGAUGGUAUUGAAUGAAUAAUAGUUUGGUGGACAUGCCGGUCCUCUGCAGUGGUCUCUCUCUUAGUGACUGACUGAGGUGGUGUGGUGUUCUAACUGCAGUUCUUACUUGGCCGAUAACUGCUGAUGAUGACAGCUGAGCCCUAUGUGCUUUUGACAGAUUGUAUGCAACAUCAGGUCACAUCAGUGGGUUUGUCCUCAGUCAGCAGGACAGGACAGGGCAGAGCAGCCUGGGACAACGUCACUCAGUUUGACAGGCACUGUUCCUAUAAGGUAAGGGUUAAGUUGGGGUUAAAUGCAUAUUAUGCAUCUUUCCUUUCUUGCUUCCUUUCCUUCCUUCCUUGGUCUCUUCCUUGGAAUACUCACUGAUCUGGUUUCCUCAGUACUGCUUUCACCAAUCAGUGACAUGGAAGGAUGGAAGGAAAGGAAGGAAGGAUGCAUUAUCGUCAUAUUGCAGCAGGGUCAGGGACUUGACAUUUUUCCAAUUUCUUCAGACCUUUGGCAGAGCUGGACUACACAGUACAGAUUGAGGAAGAGGGGGAAUAGAGGAGGAAGGAAGAAACUUGCUGGAUGGGGCUCUAGGUGGAGCCACUCUAGGUGGAGGCACUACCUCUCAUCUCUGACCUUUAACCCCUGACCCCUACUACCUAGUUGCCCUAACCACUGGUCCAGGGUCAGAUGUUUCCUUAUUACCCCAUUGGUUACAUUUUGGGUAAUCUGAUACUAGGUCUGUGGUUAAAGGCAUCUUCUACCUCGUGCGACUACCUGAUCCUGUCACUAGCAUAGAAUUAGAGUUCUAUGGUCACUACUCACUCACUUCACAUAAAUCACCAAACUACUUCUGACCCACUCACUACUUCCUAUACCAAAUAGUUCCCUAACCCCUUCCCCUAGGCACUAGAUCUGAAAAGAGCAUCUAGAUAUAGGCAAUAUGAUGACAGUUCAACCCAGCCUACCAAAAGACAAGGUGAUACUAGUACCAUCUUGCCAAUACCUAUCCAAUGUUUUUAGAUGUGUGCCUAGAAGGAACGAGCUAGGGGUCGAAAUUGGAACUGGGCAUGCCUCACUCACUACACACUCCUUAACCCCAACUUACCCAACCACAAACUCACACACACAAUUACGACCCCACCUCCCCCCAUGCCAAUCAGAGCCUCAUUUGCAUGGCAGGCCUGGCGAGCCACGGUGAAUGCUCAGGAACACCAAACGCCCACAGGUGACUCGGUUAAGCACAGAACCAUCGCUCUUGAUCAAGGCUGUUGAUUGGUUGCCAUAAUGCCAUUUCUCCUGAUCCUGGCUGUUGAUUGGUCCCCAUCACCCCCUAUCCUAUCCUUGAUGUGAUAUGGGGAAGCCUGGCACCUGAUAUAAUCACUCCCUCCCAGCAUAUACAGUGAGGGAAAAAAGUAUUUGAUCCCCUGCUGAUGUUAUGAAUUGAUUUGCAUUUUAGCGAGGGAAAUAAGUAUUUCACCCCUCUGCAAAACAUUACUUAGUACUUGGUGGCAAAACCCUUGUUGGCAAUCACAGAGGUCAGAUGUUUCUUGUAGUUGGCCACCAGGUUUGCACACAUCUCCGGAGGGAUUUUGUCCCACUCCUCUUUGCAGAUCUUCUCCAAGUCAUUAAGGUUUCGAGGCUGAUGUUUGGCAACUCGAACCUUCAGCUCCCUCCACAGAUUUUCUAUGGGAUUAAGGUCUGGAGACUGGCUAGGCCACUCCAGGACCUUAAUGUGCUUCUUCUUGAGCCACUCCUUUGUUGCCUUGGCCGUGUGUUUUGGGUCAUUGUCAUGCUGGAAUACCCAUCCACGACCCAUUUUCAAUGCCCUGGCUGAAGGAGGUUCUCAACCAAGAUUUGACGGUACAUGGCCCCGUCCAUCGUCCCUUUGAUGCGGUGAAGUACUCCUGUCCCCUUAGCAGAAAAACACCCCCAAAGAAUAAUGUUUCCACCUCCAUGUUUGAUGGUGGGGAUGGUGUUCUUGGGGUCAUAGGCAGCAUUCCUCCUCCUCCAAACACGGCGAGUUGAGUUGAUGGCAAAGAGCUCGAUUCUGGUCUCAUCUGACCACAACACUUUCACCCAGUUCUCCUCUGAAUCAUUCAGAUGUUCAUUGGCAAACUUCAGACGGUCCUGUAUAUGUGCUUUCUUGAGCAGGGGGACCUUGCGGGCACUGCAGGAUUUCAGUCCUUCCCGGCGUAGUGUGGUACCAAUUGUUUUCUUGGUGACUAUGGUCCCAGCUGCCUUGACAUCAUUGACAAGAUCCUCCCAUGUAGUUCUGGGCUGAUUCCUCACCGUUCUCAGGAUCAUUGCAACUCCACGAGGUGAGAUCUUGCAUGGAGCCCCAGGCCGAGGGAGAUUGACAGUUAUUUUGUGUUUCUUCCAUUUGCGAAUAAUCGCGCCAACUGUUGUCACCUUCUCACCAAGCUGCUUGGCGAUGGUCUUGUAGCCCAUUCCAGCCUUGUGUAGGUCUACAAUCUUGUCCCUGACAUCCUUGGAGAGCUCUUUGGUCUUGGCCAUGGUGGAGAGUUUGGAAUCUGAUUGAUUGUAUGCUUCUGUGGACAGGUGUCUUUUAUACAGGUAACAAGCUGAGAUUAAUCUCAGCUCGUUACCUGCAUAAAAGACACCUGGGAGCCAGAAAUCUUUCUGAUUUGAGAGGGGGUGAAAUACUUAUUUCCCUCAUUAAAAUGCAAAUCAAUUUAUAACAUUUUUGACAUGUGUUUUUCUGGAUUUUGUUGUUGUUGUUCUGUCCAUUACCAUUAAAAUUAUAGACUGAUCAUUUCUUUGUCAGUGGGCAAACGUACAAAAUCAGCAGGGGAUCAAAUACUUUUUUCCCUCACUGUAAUCAUCAUAUAACCCCAUCCUCCUCUGUAAUCACCAAUCAUACUGAACCUGCAUCUUUGGGUGUGCAUACGUUUGUGUUGCUGUGUUGUGCAUAUACUUGUUGCUCUGUGUGAUGCUGUGUGUGUAUGCAUUUGCAUUGCUGUGUGUACAAUGUGAAAAGGUAUUGACCCCUUUCAGACAUUCUCUAUUUUUGCAUAUAUUUAACACUGAUUGUUAUCAGAUCUUCAACCAAAACCUAAUAUUAGAUAAAGGGAACCUGAGUGAACAAAUAACACAAAAUGGUGAUACUUAUUUCAUUUCUUUAAUAAACAAACUUAUGCAGCACCCAAUGCCCCUGUGUAUUUGCACCCUUACACUCGUGAACUGGUUGUGCCACCUUUAUCUACAGUGGCUGCCACCAAACGCUUCCAGUAGUCUCUCACAUAGCUAUGGAGGAAUUUUUGCCCCCUCUCCCAUGCAGAACUGCUUUAACUCAGCGACAUUUGUCGGUUUUCGAGGAUGAACUGCUUGUUUCAGGUCCUGCCACAACUUCUCAAUCAGGUUUAGGUCUGGACUUUGACUAGGCCAUUCCAAAACAAAAAAAUUCUUGCUUUUCAGCCAUUCUGGUGUAUACUUGCUUGUGUGUUUUGGAUCAUUGUCUUGCUGCAUGACCCAGCUCUGCUUCAGCUCAUGGACAGAGUGCCUGACAUUCUCCUGUAGAAUUCUCUGUAAGGGAGCAAUUGCUUCUUCACACAGGGGCAUUGGGUGUUGCGUAACUUUGUUUAUGAAGUAAAUGAAAUAAGUAUCAAAAUGUUAUUUGUUCACUUUUUCAUGGCGUUUUGUGUUUUCACUAACCUCCAGUAUCCAUCUAGUGAUCUAUACCAUACUGUGGUGUUUUUCACUAACUUAAUAUGUCUCUGAGUCGUUGCUGUCAGCCAUGCCAUAUACUGUUUGUAUUGCUCUAGCUGCUCUCACUACAAUCAUAUCCUCCUACUGUCUCUAUCCCAUCAAUAGAGAAUCUCAUUCUCUUUCAUGUUGAUUUCUCUGUAAUUCACUGUUCUGAGUGUGCAUGUGUGUGUUUAUGUACUGUGUGUGCGUGCUUGUGUGCAUGCAUGCAAAUGUGGUUGUGUGCGCCCGUGGGAAUGUGCGUGUUUGUGUACUUUGUGUGUGUGUGUAUGGGUUAUCCCCAGCUCACCCGCUCUCUACCUUUCCGUAUCUCAGAGUUCCGUUCUCCUACUCACGGGAGUAGUCUGAACCGCUCGGCGUCGCUAAGCUGCACUGAGCGCAGCGCUUCCGGAGAAUGCGGCUCUGUAACCGCUAGCAACAUGCAGCUCACCACCUGCCAGUACACACCAGACUUCUACGUACGGGCUCUCACUGACCUGCAGUAUGUCAAGGUAACACACUCACUUUUAACCUCUAACCCCUGCCAGUGCCAUAGAAAUGGGAAAAACUACAAUGGGAAAGCCGCUAUUUCUACAAUUGUGCUGGUUAAAAAGUUACUUUACAGAUGCCUGCGCUGCAAAAAUUGUAAGUCGUUAAUGUGACAAACUCUCUCGCAGAGUGACGCCGCCAGCCGCCAAAUUUUGUUUACCAUCAUCUAAGACUAACCCAUGUAAUGAAAUGUGACCUGAAAUAUUUCUGAAAUGAGCCCAGAAAUGUCAGCCCACUAUUCAGCUCUGCUGAGAAACUUUUUACCAGCCCAACUGAAUGGCCAGCAGUGUAGUGGAGGGUAAGCACACAUAAACGCUGUUUAUGCACCUUUUUAUUUUGCGAGAGCGUUUACCCACCUUUCGAGGAAGAACGCCUUCAAAGUAUAGGGAGCGAAUGGCGAUCAGAAUUUUCCCACCUAUUUUGCCAAAACUACAUCUCUGAUGGCCAGUGCACCCUGUGUUGUCCCUGUGAUGAUUGGCUGUUUAUUACCUCUUAUACCAUGACGCCAUACUCUCUGAAAGCACGCUUUGCUCUCUCUCUCAUAUACUUGUUCUGCCUCUUCUUUCUCAUCCUAACACUGUCUCUUUCCUCUCCUCAGAUCACACGUUCCCAGUACCAGAACGGUCUGCUGGCGUCGAGGCUGGACAGCACCCCCCAGUCCCCCGAAGGCAGCCACCCCCGUCUGGACAGCACCUCUGCUCUCCCACCCCCCAUCACCCCACCAGCCCCUCCCCGCACCCCCCUCCCUCUGGCCACCACACCUUUCAAGCGCCCCCUUGCCCUUACCCAGCCCACCCCCCCUCCCACCAACCGUACCCCCUUACCCCAAACCACCACCCCCACCCAAGUCAACCCCCGCCCGGCCCUGCCCCAAUCCACCCCUCCUCCCACCAAAGGCACCCCUCUUCCUCAAACACCUCCUCCCCCCUCCUCGGGUGCACGCACCACUCACCCGCCUCCUCCCUCCACCUCCUCUCUCCCCCACCCACCUCCUCCCUCUACCUCUCUCCCCCCCAAAUCCCCCUCUUCCGCGAGGCCAGGGGGGGAGAACGGGCCGGGUGAGAAAACCUCUCUGCUCUCUGAGCAGCUGCAAAACUGCCUAGGUGGCACACGCAGGCCCAGUUACCCACAAACACACACACAACACCCUCACACACACCAACACCCGCACAUACAGGUGCACACCAUCAGUCACGCACACACAGAGAGCACCAUCUGACAACAACCCCUGCGGGGGGGGGGGGGUUUGUUAAGAUUAGUAAAAAAUCAAUACACAUACACACACGCUCAAGUUUUGUUGGCCGUGGACUGACACUACCCCUGGAGCACUGGAAGAUUCUAAGGAGUAAAGUGCAUUGUGGGAAUCCUCAUGUCUCUGUCCUCCUUCUAUCCGCCCACCUACCUCUCAAGAUGGGGAGAAGAGAGAGACGGGGAACACUGGUGCAUUACACACUUGUGCAGAGGUCCGUGUGUGUGAUGGUCUCGUCUCUGUCAUACGGUGUGUGUAUGUGUGCGUGUGGAUACAACGUGUGUUUGUUCGUUUUACGGUGGCUGCAGGCACAGCCUGGGAUCAGCUUUGUUGAUGAGGAGGACGGGGGAGAUACACCACCACGUAUAGCAUGUUUAUAAUAUGUGUUAAUUCUCUGCACUUAGGUUUUGGGUAUAAAUACAUAUAGGAAAAUGACCUGUAGUGACAGCAAAUUUUUUUUAAAGAGAAAUAUACCGAUAUUUAGAGAUUAAUGCAUUUUAGCUUAGUGUUCACUGUGAACCCUCACCUACAUGCACCUGUGUUCUCUCUAAAACACUUCCUGUCCCACUCGCCCUCCCACAUACCCCGUUUACAUGGCAAUGACAUUCGAAGGGGAUUGUUAAAGAUGGUGAAUCUUGAGUUUGGGGACUGUUGACACAGGGGCUCGACAGGAGUGUAGCGGUUUGUGUGUGAACCUCCUGAGCUGCGUCUCAUUUCGGAAAGUUUGUGAAAUGAAACAGCCCUAGGAGUGGUUGACCACCUGACCCUGUCAGGCCUAUCAGGCUGCGGUGGGGGGGUGGGCUUGCUGGAGGGAAGGAGUUGGCUGGCUAAUUGACUGACAGGUGGGUUUCUUUACCAUGAACCCACCUCCUGACCAGAGAUGUGACGUAUAUUAUAUGAUGAAUUAUUUAAAUAUAAAUAUAUUUAUUUUGCAUUACAGAUUACUUUAUGUAUUUUGAGAUUAAUUUGAUGUCAAUGUUUUAUAUUCUAUAGAUUUUAUUUUUAUUUUGUUGAAGACUCAAAACUCCAUGUACUGUGACUGAUGACACUGACACUCCUGAACAGAGACUUUGCUACUGUACCGCAAUCAACUCCCCCAGAACCUACAAAGUCUCAUACACACCUAACUGAACAGAGCUCAAUUCAACUAUGAUACUAGAUUCCCUUUCUGUUUGUAUUAUUGUAUAAUUUCACUAUGAUACUAGCUCAACUUCCUAUUUGUGAACAGAGCUCAAUUCCACUACAAUGCUAGCUCAUUUUCCUGUUUGUAUCAUUUCACAUAAUAAGCAGUGGACUAUUGCAGUGGUUUAACAUGAUUGGCUGCUUUGGUGUGAUGUCACAAUGGAGUUUAGAGUUCUGAGUGUUACUGUGUGAUGUCACAAUGGAAUAUAGAAUUCACUGUUUUCAGGGGUGAUGUCACCAUGGAGUUAAAAUUCCACUUUGUGAUGCCACAAUGGAGUUGAGUUAAGAGUUUUAGUGUGUGAUGUCACAAUGGAGUUCAAAGUUCCAUUUGUGAUGUCACAAUUAAGUUUAGAAUUGAGAGUUUUACUGUGUGAUAAUACAAUCAGCGAGGGGUUGUUGCUAAUGACUUGAAAAAAGGCACGCCACCUCCACCAUAAUGUUCCCUUACCAUUUACAUUGUAUGUACUCUAAAAAGACAUUCCAAAACAGGGGAUCCACAAUUGACCCUUCAGAUUCAAUCUGAUGUAGGAUUUAUUGUGUGUAUAAAUGAAACUGUUACACGCACUGUGCCCAGGCGUUGCUGUCUUAGAGAUUACUACGUGUUUCCCUCACCGUGCAUUUGCUAUGGAUGGAGGGCAGACCAGACAUAUAAUGCUGUUAGCACCUACCUAUCUUGAUCCCCAGAAAUAUAUUAUAAGUGACAAUUAAGUAACUCAAGCAACGGUCAACAUGAAGAAAAACAAUUUUUGGGGAAUAGUUUUUUUUACGCAUACAAGUUUAUUUAUAAGUAAAUCACUUUAGAGCGACGAGGUAGAACUGAGUAUUUAUUCCAAAGCAUUUCAGUAAGAUCUGUUCCACAGGGAAGAGUUCCUACCUGCAUUUUAAGAGUAUAGCAGCUCCUUAGAAUUGGAAUUAAUAGAACUGACGCCCCUCAGUACAGGGUAUUGAAUGGGGUCGUCCAUUCUAGGAUUUCUAAGUCUAUGGUGGGUGCAGCCUUACACACUACUACACCCAGAAACACUAGACCUGACUGCUGGUUCACAUAGGUCCCUUAUAGCAUUGGGUCUUACUGGUUCCGUUACAUCACUGUGUUAGUUCCCAGUCUAGCCACUGGUUGGCUGCGAGGCUCCUAGUAUGUACUGGGAACGGUCAUAUAAUGAAAGUGUUGUUCGACUACUUAGAAAUGUUGUAUUUAUUUAAAAAGUAAUAAUAUUCUGUUCUUUUUGUUCUGUGUUCUCUCAUGUGAAACGGGCUUUCAUUUUUGACAAGCAAUUUCAUCUGUCAACGGGUUACUGGGACAAAGGAAGAGAUUUGUUAUAUAUUUCCUGCUUGUACUAUGUUACUGUGAAUACUACUGUAUAUGCCUAUAUGGAACACAUGUAUAAAGUAGCCUCUGUGAGAAUACUUACCGGAGAUAACAACUUUUAUCUCCUUAAACUGACAUUUUACUAGGAAGAUAUUGAAUGAGCAAUAAAAACAUUGCUCUGUUUUGACCUCAAAGAACAUUUCUAUCUUUCUCUCAAAUUCAUUUUUUUCCCGUUGAAGUAGCGUUCUGUAGCAUGUAGUAGCAUUCUGACCAUGAUUUGUCAUUAGACAUGAAUGACCAAAGUCGCAGCACUGUUAGUGUAGCUGUUAGCUUAUGUUAUGUCUGGGCAGACUGAAUUACCUUGCCCUUCACUAGCACUCCUCCUUUCCCUCAUAUCCUUUCCUUUCCCAUUCUUCUUUCCUCUCCUCUCCUCUCUUCCUCCCUACUCUGCUACUUUCCUUACCCUCUCCCCCAGCUUCUCUCCCCUCACACCCCCUCUUCUCCCCUCCUUCCCUUUCUUCUCCUCCUCUCCUGCCGUUCAAGUAAUAUUGAAAUUCCUUGACUGCUGGUCUAAACAGUCCUAUAAGCUCUUUUUAAUGUCCAGAUCCUUCUAGUUGGUGGUUGGUUCCUGGCGGGAGGGCAAGGCUUAACUGGCAGCCAGGCUCUGCUCUGCUGUGUUGUUAGCUCAGCCCCAGUGUGAUUAUUCGACCUAAGCGAGGAGGGUUUAAGAUUUCUGGUGCUGUAUUCUCAGACCAGGGACAGCUUUUCCACUGUGGAUGAUUAACUCACCUGUGUAUAGUAGAAGUGAUGACUGAGGAGACAAAGGGGUGUCAUACUAGCCUGGUCCCAGAUCUGUUUGGGCUCUCCGCCAACUACUAUAUGACCAUUGUCACGUCGAUGACCAUACAGGAGUUGGCAAGAUGGCACAAACAGAUCUGGGUUCAGGCCAGUGCCAUACAGGGCGGCAGGUAGCUUAGUGGGUAAGAGCGUUGUGCCAGUAACCGAAAGGUCGCUGGUUCUAAUCCCCGAGCCGACUAGGUGAAAAAAUCUGUCGAUGUGCCCUUGAGCAAGGCACUUAACCCUAAUUGCUCCUGUAAGUUGCUCUGGAUAAGAGCGUCUGCUAAAUGACAAAAAAAUAAAAAUAUAUUUUUUUUAAAUUAAAUUAAAUUAUACUGCUAGCCUGGGUGCUUGGGAACCAGAACCCCCACAAUGGAAUAGAACACUGUCCUCCAAGAAGGAUGUUUUUUGUGUACAUUGAAUUAGAAUGAGUUCAAUGAUUAUAGACACUACAGUCUAAUACAGGUUACUCAGACAGAGAUAAGCACACUAUUCCAGGGUCAAUCCCAUAUGUAAACACACACACUGUCAGUCUGACAGUGACUAGGGGUCUGGCCUCCAGGUACACACACAAUCUCUUUCUCUCUGCUAGAGUCUUCCACGAGAAGCUGGUCAGUGAUCAAGUUCUAAAGGUUAUAUUAUUUAUUUAUUACAUGAAGUUAGUUGUGGAAAACAAGCACUCCAAACCCUAUGACUUUCAUGUUUAGUGACUGAUCAGCAGUAAGUUCCAUGGUAGAGACUCAGAUGUUUCUUCCUUUCUGUUAUUUUCUUUUCUUAGAGGGGGAUGUUGAUUGAAGAGUAAAUGCCUGUAACUCCAUCUUACCCCUGGGUUGUUUAACUUAAAGCAAUAUGUACAUACUGUUUUAUAAUAAUGACUUUGGAUGGAGCUGUGAAGAAGUCGAUAUAGGGUUAAUAAACCUGAGUUAUAUUUCUCUACAUAAACUACCAUGUCUCUUUUUAUUUAACUGUCUAUGUUCACUGUUUUUCCCACAUAGUUGAGUCAAACGUACAAAACGGAUGAAGAAUUUCCCACAAUUGUAAUGUCAACAGUAGUCCACAAAGAUUAGUGACUGUUGGCAAACAGUAGAGGUAUGUGACAAAGUAGGCUAAGUAGCAAAAGGUAAACAAAAAUGCUCUGUGGUGCAUAACUUCACAACAGCACAAAGUCAUCUAGUUCAGUUUGUUAGGAACAAAGUAUGCAGGUGCAGUAGAUGCAGAUAGGAAUUUAACUUCCACUGCGUGUCCAUGCUGUGUUUUCAUUUGGGUUACAUGGUAGCUAGAGUUUGGCUCAGUGACAGAUCCUUCACAGGAAUCCUUAAUCAGUAGCCAUGUUUUAACUGACCCAGUGUGUGUGACUGUUUAGGAUUCUCUUGUGGUGAUUUUAUCCCAAAGUACAUGGCUAUGUAUCAGAGGUAGCUGUCUGUGCACAGAGUUUGUUGACUGUCCCUAUUAGGCGCUGGUCUGCAGUAAGUUGUGUGCCCUCCCCAAAAUGGUUGAGGUUAGGAUAUAGGGAGGGAGGGUAAACUGAUCCUAGAUCUGUGUUUUCAUUGCACAGAACAAAGCUGAUGAUAACAAUAUACAUCAAACGAAAGAAAACAAAAAAAGUCAGGCAAAUCUGGAUGACUAAAUAAUGCAUUUGCAAUAGUUACAUAGUCAUUAGGCUGCCUAAAUCAUCUCUAUUAUGCGUCAAGGAAUAUUGACGAAUCCCCUUUAAUUUUGACUUGUUUUCAAGACUCCCAAACAAAGAUGGGCGUGGCACGAUCCUCAUUUUCCCUGCACCCAUUGGAUGUCAACAGCCAUGGAAUCUCAUUGGUUAAUUUCUGAGAAACUGGGUUAAGUUUACGAAGAAACUGCGUCCAUUGCGGCUCCGAACGAGAGCAGCGGAUGACACUAAGCCAAUGCACUUUCUCCACAAAAUGGCGUCAAAAGGGAACCAGUUUCUCUCUGAGCGCUGUGUGGCUCGCAGCGGGGAGCUGCGAGGGCAGGCAGUCACAUGAUUCGCGCAGAGCCCAGCUGCCCAAUUCCAAUAUGGUGGCCAGCUUGGCAGACCUACGGUUCUUGUUGAUGAUAUUGUUGCUCUGCGGGAGGAUCGGGGACGGCGCCUCCAGCCAGCAAGCCCCGCGAGUUCUGGGGUUGCGACUGGAGGACCCAGAAGGCCGUGUGUAUAUGAAGGAGAGGAUCAUCUCUGCGCCGCAAGGGGCCAGUUUCAUGCUCCGGUUGUUCGGCUCGGAUCUGAAUGGGACAUGGCCGUGGGUGGCGUUCGCUGGGGUUAGACGUGGGGAGGCUGGUGCGGUGGGGGAUGCAGCCGACCCGUGCGGGCAGGAGACCCGCCGUGACACCUCCGCCUUCCAGAUUACCGGGGAGUUCACGGCAGACGAGGAGUACAGCGGGCUGAUAGAGGUAAAGGUGCGGGACAAGAGCAGCAUGUAUCCCGCUGCAUCCUCCACGGGAGGAGGGGAUGAUUCCAACCCGACCUACCACCUGUGCGUGAAGAGCGGGAGUUGGGUGUCAGUGGGACCGGACAGGCUGCGGAUCAACAACGACAAAGGUCUCCCGGCGGACUACAUCCCUCCGUGGGGUGUGGCGGUGCUGAGCAUGCUGCUGAUCCUGGUGUGCGGGGUGCUGAGGAGCGUGAACCUCAGCCUGCUGUGGCUGGACCCUCUGGAGCUCUAUGUCCUGCACAGCUGCGGCUCUGAGGAGGACAAACGGGCCGCCAAGCGACUCGAGCCCAUCCGGAGAAGAGGCAACUUCCUGGUGGGUCCCUAACACACACACACACACACACACACACAAAUAAACACCAGGAUUUGGGGGGUCUCCAAUUUACACCAGUCCUGUAGAGCUAUACUUCCGGGUAUAUAGGCUUUUGUUCCAUCCCAGCACGAACACACCUGUUUCAGAUAAUCAGUUCGUGUCUGGAUUGGAACAAAAGCCUACACACCCACCCAGUAGCUCUCCAGGACCGGAGACCCCUGCACUUCCCUCAAGAAUAUUCAGAUGUAUGACAUCCCUCUGGCUCCACACUAUCUAACUCCACAUCGCUCCACUCUUGGUUCUAGGUGUGUUCCCUGCUUUUCCUGUGCGCUCUGGGUCAUUCGGUUAUAGGUGUGCUGCUCUACCGGGCCCUGGGUUCCAUAGCGCCCGCAGUCUUCACCAGCGGGUUCCUCAUCUUCCUGGUGUCAGAGCUGGUACCACACAUAGUGUGUUCCGGCUACGGCUUCCAGCUGGCCCCGGGCCUCACCUGGCUGGCACAGGUCUGUAUGGAGAAGUUUUUAAAAAGCAAGGGUUGUGUUCCUCUGCUCAGACAUGCAGGAUCUUACAACACCUGGAUAGGUAUUCUAUCAGCUAACCACAUCAUAUGUUAUAGCAAUCUAGUGCCCGACGGCACAGUCGAUGACGUGGCACUCAACCAUUGGUUGAUGCGUGCAACGUCUGAGCAGGGGAACACGACCCUUGACUAGGUGACUCAGGUGAGCUACUUCAGGGCUACAACAAAAUUGUGAAAUGUCUGGGGAUCCCUGAGGAAAGGUUUGAGAACCACUGCCCUAAUGAACACAACCUAAUUUUCCUUUAGCAUCUAGUGGGACGGGUGGCUUCUAGCACCCUUUAUCAUAGUUUUUCUUAAUACAAUAUAAUUUAACAGGCUCCUCCUUUCUCUAACUCCCAGGUGUGUAUGGUGCUGACGUGCCCACUGUCGUGCCCACUGGGCCUGGUGCUGGAUCUAGCACUGAGGCGUGACAUCAGCACCUGCGGCGUGAGGGAGAGGGCCAUGGAGAUGAUACGCACCAAUGUCAACGACCCCUACAGGUACCUGACACACACACACACACACACACAUACAGAUGACCGUGUAUUUGUGUUGUGUUCAUGGGUGGCACACACUGCUCUAUGGAUGGGGUGGCCAACAGGUGCAGGUUUUUGUUCCAGCCUAGCAUUAACCUGAUCAUGUUGGUGAGUGCUGGGCUGUAACAAAAGCUUGUACUCUCAUAGGGCUCUAGCACUGUAGUUAUCCUUCCUCUGCCUAGGGUUUUUGAGCAUUUGUAAAGUUCUUUUGAAGGCGCUAUAUAUGAUAUACAUGUAAUCCAUCCAUUCUCAUCAUUGUUGUGAUUCCAUUGCAGUGAAUUUGUGAAGGAGGAGUUUAGCCGUGGUGCGCUGCGCAGUAAGACGGUGGAGGACAUCCUGACUCCGCUCAAGGACUGUUUCAUGCUGUCUUCCACCGCUGUGCUGGACUUCUCCACCAUGUCAGAGAUCAUGCAGAGUGGAUACACACGUGUCCCCAUCUACGAAGAGGAGAGGUGGGCAGAUGGACCACACACACACACACUGACACACACAUGAAGGGACACACACCAAUGACUGGUUAGAUGAACGGACAAAGCCAUCGAUCACGUGACACCAUUCAUUCUUAUGUGAAGACUCAAUAGUGCAUUGAAGAAAAAUGAAGUCGGUUAAGAUGGCGUCUCAUGGAGACAUAACAUGUGCAGUUUGAGCUACUCCAGGAAGUGACGUUGCAGUAACUCAAGUUGAAGGCCAACCUGGUUACUGCAGCAACUAAAUUAUCCUUAUAACUUCUUCUGUGUGCGAUUUUUAAAAUAAUCGGUGCGUCAUGCAUCUGGUCUAUCAUAAGCAAUAAUUGGUACCGCUGGUAUAAAACUUUUUUUUUUACAUAAUGCUUGACCACGAAGAUCGCCAUUUUUCUAUUCACUAUAAUGGGGGAUCCUGUUACUGCUAACAACGCCUGCAGGAUCGCGGUCGGCCUUGAACUUCUGUGUUUUGAAUGAGGGUAGGGGGGGGGGGGGGGGGGGGGGGUUGGGAGUCAUUCUCCCCUGAUUCACACAUGCAUACACGCACUAACAGGUAUCUAAUGUAAUUUACACAGAUCCAAUAUCGUGGAGAUACUGUACGUGAAAGACCUGGCUCUGGUCGACCCUGACGACUGUACUCCCAUGACAACUAUCACCAAGUUCUACAACCACCCUCUGCACUUUGUCUUCAACGACACCAAACUGGACGCCAUGCUGGAGGAGUUCAAGAAAGGUGAGACUGUGAGAUCCCGAGUGGCGCAGUGCUAGCUGUGCCACUAGAGAUCCUGGUUCGAAUCCAGGCUCUGUCGUAGCCGGCCGUGACCGGGAGACCCAUGGGGCGGCGCACAAUUGGCCCAGCGUCGUCCAGGGUAGGGGAGGGAAUGGCCGGCAGGGAUGUUGGUAGAGCAUGGUGUUUGCAACGCCAGGGUUGUGGGUUCGAUUCCCGCGGGGGGCCAGUAUGAAAAAUAAAUACAAAUAUGUAUGUACUCACUAACUGUAAGUCGCUCUGGAUAAGAGCGUCUGCUAAAUGACUAAAAUGUAAUGUAAAAUGUGAUAGCCAAUAAAGUCAAGUCAUUUCUUUAAUGUCACCUACAUAGGCCUGCCUUGUGAAAAGCCAAAGUUGUGAUCGGUUUAUGAAUUCACCCUUGAUGGGCCCAGCUCUCCUGACCUUUCACCCCUUUCUCCAGGAAACUCAGCCCUGGCCAUCGUUCAAAAGGUGAACAAUGAGGGGGAGGGAGACCCGUUUUACGAGGUGCUGGGAUUGGUCACCUUGGAGGACGUCAUCGAGGAGAUCAUCAAAUCAGAGAUCCUAGAUGAGUCCGACGGAUACAGUAAGAGACAGAGAUUUUGUGCGUGUUUGUGUGUGAAAAUUAAGAGAAUGUACAAGAGUGUGUGUAUGUGAAAUUAGAUACAGAGAGAGUAUGUGUUUGUGCAAUGGGUUACUGGGUAAGAGGACAGUAUUUGUAUUUAGUAUCGUUGAUAGAAUGUUCUUCUGUCUUCCUACAAUUGAUAUCCCUCCUCUCCUGCCCUCUCUGUCCUCCUGUUCUAACCCCUCUCCCUCCACCCUGUCUCUCUGUAGUCGACAUGAAGGUGAAGCGUCCUCUGGCCCCUCUGGAGAUUUCCCUGGAGCCUCGCAGUGUCCACGAAGAGUUCUCUCUGUUCAAACUUCCUGAGGGCGAACCCAAGAUCCGCACCUCACCUCAGCUACUGCUGGCCACACACCGCUUCCUGUCCAGAGGUGAGGGUGGGAGUAUGUGUGUGUCUGCGUUAGAAAGACUCCUUAAAAUGAGUAAAUGAAACACACAGAGACACCCACACUCCUCUCAUGUAUCCAGCCUGUUGUGACUCGAACCCUCCGACUCUGUCAGUGGUUUACCAGGACAGCGACAGUUUAACACCACUAGUAAUGAUUCCAUCACUGAAAUAGAAGUAAAUGGAAACAAGCUAAAUACUCACAGUGGAAAAUAUGCAGGAAUGGAUAUUCAACAGGCAUAGUUCAUCUGCAUGUGCUGUAGGGCGUAGUCUUUGGAUGUGAGUCUCUGUUGUUUGACCUUUCUCUGUCCUCUUCAGCUGCUUGACAUGGGUCAAUUUAAGCCCCUAAGGUUUGGACUAAAAAUAAAACAGAAUGUAGACUACAAUAGACUAGACUAGCUAGUUACAAUAGCUUUUCUUUUCUAAUUACAAUUGAGUAUACUUUUGAACAGUGAUGAAACCAUAGGCCAGGGGUCAACAACCCUGCUCCUGCAUAGUUGCGUGGUGUGCAGGCUUUUGUCCCAGCCCAACACAAAUGUAUUGGAUAACGAAAGCAACACAGACCUGUGUAUUUGGCAACACGCUUGUGCAAAGCAAUGACAAUGUGUGUCCUGGAAAGGUCCUGAGGAGGUGCUGUUCCAGUGUGUGUGUCUGUGUCCUCUGCUGUAACUGUGUGUGUGUCUCCUUACAGAGGUAGAACACUUCAAUCCAGCCCGCGUGUCAGAGAAGGUGUUAUUCCACCUGCUGCGUCACCCCAGUGUCAACCAGGAAGUCCACUUUGACCCCUCCAACCGCCUGAGCGCAGACCACUACCUUUACACACGCAACCACCCCGUAGACUACUUCAUACUGCUACUACAGGUCAGUGUGUGUGUUUUGUCUGUCUGUGUCCAUGUGACCAUUACUUCAACCACCCCUUAUAGUCCUUCAUGCUGCUACUACAGGUCUGUGUAUAUGUGUGUUACUACAGAUGUUUGUGUGUGUUGUCACAUGCAUAUGUUUUACUUUAACUGACUAUCUAUGUAGGGCCGUGUGGAGGUAGAGAUCGGUAAAGAGGGCUUGAAGUUUGAGAACGGAGCAUUCACAUACUACGGUGUGUCUGCACUCACAGCGCCAACCUCAGGUAAGCCACAGAACUGCAGGACACACGAGUACCUCACUACCAUUACCUGGGUCGAGCUCAUUAGGGCUCUCGAUGGAAUAAGAAAAUAAUAAACGUUUCACAACGGGAAACAAUAAUGAGGGUUUUUUUUUUUUGGGGGGGGGGGGUGAGUCCAGUCCAUUUUCUUCCGUUUCAUACUCUGUGAUGUAUCACACCACAACAUUCGCAAGCUAGUGCUUUUAUCUUGAGUUCCAGGCUACCAGUGUCAUUUACAUAUAAUCUGUUAUUUGAUUUCGUAAUGCAAAGUUGGUGUCAUAAUUUCAUGCUGUAUUUCAACGAGGUGGCACAGUUUGACAGGGAAACACAAAAUGAGCUGACACAGGGGUUCUGUCCCUUGAGAUUCCUGUGAACUUCAGUGCAACACCGUCGUAGCAUAAGUGUACUGGGUGGCACAAAAUGAGCUGAGGCCAGUGUUAGUGUGUGUGCGUUUGUUUGAUGCACUUGUGUGUGUCCAGUGCACCAGUCUCCAGUGUCGACCCAGCGUCGUUCUCCCAGGGAUCCGUUUGAGUUGGGAGACGCCACCAGCCCGUCCAGCUACUGUCCCGACUACACCGUCCGUGCCCUCACUGACCUGCAGCUCAUACGGGUGAGAGUGUGUCUGUGUUAGAACCUGUGUGUGAGGGUGAGUGUCAUGAGUGCCUCCGUAUGUGUGUCUUCCUCUGUGUGUGUGUUUGUCAGACUCACAGUGCCCUCCCUCUGCCAGGUGACUCGCAUGCAGUACCUGAAUGCUCUGAUGGCGUCACGUGUUGGCCAGAGCCAAGACCCUUCUGA